GCUUGUUUGGGAAGAGAGAGAAAAGGCAAAGGGCAGAGGAGAGGACAUAACAGGAAGAAGAAGAAAGAAAGAAGAGAAGAGAAGAAGAAAAAAAAUGGGUGAGAUAUCUGCCACAAUGACGAAGAAGAAGAAGAAGAAGGGACGUCCCUCUCUUUUAGACCUUCAAAAACGCUCCCUCAAGCAGCAGCAGCAACAACAAAACCCUAAUUUCGAAAACCCUAAUUCCCUCAUUGCCUCUCACCGCCGAUCCACCCGCCGGAAUCCUACUCUAAAUGAGCCCGAUUGGAUUAACGGAGAUGACGACGACGACGACGACGACGAGCGCAAACAGAAGAAACAUAAGCUUUUGCUUGGAUUAAAUUCCCAACAAAACACCAACAGUAAUCAUCAUUACCCGUUUUCCUCGGCAAAUUCCUUGGGUCCUAACCCCUCAUUCGGCUCUGAUGGUGCUAAUCCGGAGACGGCUCAAAAGAGGCGCAAGAUCAGUGACGCCUGUCUCGGAUCUGAUGAUAUGGGUGAAAAGGCUCCGAAAGCGACAGACACUCUUCACGAGUCACCGCUGGAGCCUGGCCCCACUACUCCUUUGCCAGACAAAAAGUUGUUGGUCUUCAUUCUUGACAGGCUACAAAAAAAGGAUACCUAUGGAGUAUUUUCUGAGCCAGUGGAUCCUGAAGAGCUUCCUGAUUACCACGAUAUCAUUGAGCAUCCCAUGGACUUUUCCACCGUGAGAAAAAAGCUAGAUGGAGGAGCUUAUGCUAACUUGGAACAAUUUGAGAAAGACGUAUUCCUGAUAUGUUCAAAUGCAAUGCAGUAUAAUUCACCAGAUACUAUUUACUUCCGCCAGGCACGAUCCAUGCAAGAGCUUGCCCGGAAGGACUUUGAAAACUUGAGGCAAGACAGUGAUGGUGAAACCCAACCCAAAAUUGUGAGGAGAGGUAGACCACCUGGAAAGCUGAAAAAAGCACUUGAGAGGUCUCCUCUUGACCGUGUCGGUCCUGAAUGUUCCUCAGAUGCAACUCUCGCCUCUGGAGGGGAUAAUCCGAGCUGUUCUACCGGAUACAAUCUAAGAAGAACCCAUUCAUACAAGUAUCAGCCUGCAGAAGUUCUGGUCCGAACCACUUACGGGUCUCACAGUAGCGAAACGUAUUCUACCUGGAUGUCUGAAUGGGAAAAUGAAUUUCCAGCUUCUGUUCUAAAGGCUGUGCUUAAGUAUGGGAAGAAACCAUAUGAAAUAGAUGAGCAUAAGCGUGACACCUAUAAGCAUCCAUCUGCUUCCACACAUGGGCCAUCGUCCUGGAAUAUCUUUGGAGGAGAACCGAAGCAACUGAUGGUGGUAGGUUUAAACUCAGAGCAUGGUUAUGCAAGAAGUCUAGCUCGUUUUGCUGCAGAUCUUGGCCCCAUAGCUUGGAAAAUUGCUUCAAAGAAAAUUGAAAGUGUCUUGCCAACAGGACUUGAGUUUGGUCCUGGGUGGGUAGGCGAAGAUAAGGUGGUUGAGGGACAGCAGCAGCUUUUAUUUUCUGAUAGGAAUAGAGUUUCAAACAGUUGUGUAGCUAAUGAAAAUUUAGGCAGACUUCAACCUUCAAUUGCUUCUGGUUCAAAUUCUAAUGUCGCAAGUAGAUGUGCAGCGGGGAGUAGAGAAGACAUGAUAGAAAAUGUUGGUGGAUCGAGUUCCCAAAGCGAGUUAAAUUCGCUGAACAGUGGUAGUGGUGGGAUAAAUCCCAUUGCGUCUGUUUUGGUUCAGCAAAAACCUCUGCUUCACUCUGAUUUAAAUGGUUUUAGUGGUGGGUUUGGACACAAUAAAAUUUCACCUCUAAUGGGGACAGCAAGACUCGGGAUGGCAUCAGGGAACUCCUGUUCAGAGCACACAGUAGUUCCUUCGCAAUCAUUUGGCAUGGUUUCAACUAGUAACUCUACUUUCUGCCCAACGUUAGGGAAUGAGUUUAAGUUGAACAAAGCCAAGUUGUCAGAAGCAUCGAGUGUGUUACUGCAGUCUGGAAAAUCAUCAGCUCUAGGUCCUAGCCCUGACUCACAGACGUUACUGAAUGCCGGGAUUGUUGGAAAAUCAUCCCAGCAGGGUUUAUCACCAUACCCUCAACAAGAUUUCUUGGACUUACCACCCGACCUGAAUGUUGGAUUCCUGGCACCAAAUUCGCCAAGUUCCAGCGUGCCGAUUGGUUCGCCACGGCAGCCAGAUUUAGCUUUACAGCUGUGAGGGAUGGAUAAUGCAUCUUCCUUUAGCCAAACGCAGCGGAUGGUAGAUUGUUAGAUUUUGAACAUUUGUUCCAGCAAAAGGAAUAAUAAAAUGAUUAAAGUGGAGAAUCGUCUUUUGGAUUGCUUAGUAGUGCCUCAGGUGAUUCGUAACAUGAGAAAUUGUAGGGGUAGAUUUUGUACAGAUUAAUGUAUCCAUUAUUCUUAGAAGAAAAACCACAGCAGCUUUUUUUUUUUUUAUAACCCCCUAGCAUGGUACUCUCGAAUUCCUAAUUUGCACAUGCUUUGUAAGAAUUGUUAUUUGAAAUUAUGAGAUCGAAAAUGGUUGACUGAGAAA